AGUGUCGGGGCCACAAGUACCGAGUGCAGAGCGAUAAGGGGAAUUCGGCACUACUAUAAAUAUGCCAUUUGGCAGCCUUCAAUUGCAACACUUUCAUCAUGUACAAGGGCACCCUUCUCUGCUCCCUGCUUUUGGGCCUGAUCCUGGCCCUCAGCUCCGCCUACAACGGCCAGGACAUCUACGCCGAGCCCAACUGCGCCAUCGUCGAGGAUCACGCCCGCAUGUUCCGCGACAUCUCCGACCCCACCCACUACUGGGUCUGCCGCGAUGGUCAGGAGAAGGCCGACUACAUCCAGUGCCCGGACAACUACGCCUUCAUGGAGAAGGAGCAGAGCUGCGUAGUCUGGGAGGAGUGGAAGUGGGUUGAGCCCUACACCAAAUAAACAGCCGACUCGUCUCGAGAACAGCAGAAAGUCUAA